UGCCGUGCGCAGUGCAUUGUGGGAUAGGCCCCGCCAGCGUUGAUUAGCGGCUGCGUGGCUCCUCCUCUUCCUUUUCGAGAGCUGCGAGUCGGACACGAUGGGUCACCAGCAGCUUUACUGGAGCCACCCUAGGAAAUUCGGCCAAGGAUCCCGCUCCUGCCGUGUGUGCUCAAACAGGCAUGGAUUGAUCCGUAAAUAUGGCCUAAACAUGUGCCGUCAGUGCUUCAGGCAGUAUGCAAAGGACAUCGGCUUUGUCAAGUUGGACUAAAUGUUUUGGUCGCCAGAAGAAAAUAAACACCUCACUAUCCAUGGAGACGCAAGCAUGGUUUGCUGGCAACAGAAGUUUUCUGACUACAACUUUUGUACAUAAAUAAAACAAUUGGCGUCAUCAUACACUUAACAAGAA